AUGUCGUUCUGCUAUGAAAGUGUCCACGAAUCCACCGCGGCCACUAUCUCAUGCCUUUUUUCGUUCUCUUCCCUGCCCGGUAAAGUGGAUCAAAUAAAGGUAGCUUUCCCGAGGCAAGUGCUUGCUUACGCUUUAUGUAGUGGUCUUCCUACCUUCAUGCCUCCUUAGUCGAAGAGCCAAGCCUGCACAAGAAGCAAACAAACUUGCGCGAAGGACGUUUUCUUCUCUGCUCUGUCCUCUCUUGUACCCCUUUCCUUCGGUAGCUCUUUAGGUUUCCCAAGGAUAGCGGUAGCUAGGGCAAAGCCUGCUUUUUUUGCUCCGCGAAUGAGAGAGAAAGAAAAUGGAAAAAAGACGUUUUCUCUUUGUGAGAUCCGAAAGUGGAGAACGCAUUGUGUUCUAUGGGCACAUAGGAUAAAACCUAAAGCACUGCUUUCUUGGAAGAGUUUGAGGCAGCAAAAAACUUUAGAGCUUGUUGGAGCUGCUGAGCAUAAUGAAUUGAAGCUGAAGGCAGAUCAAGGUAGCUUGCUCCCAAGGCAAGCGCUUGCUUGCACUUUAUGCAGUGGUCGGCCUUCCUACCUUCAUACCUAUAAAAGCUUCUACAAAGCUUCGUUUCCGGUAGAAGCUAGUCACUUCGGUAGCUUGCCUGCCAAGCCGCCUAGCUAUAGGCAAAAGGCCGAAGGAUGGAGCGUACAAAGUCGAUCGUGCACGUGUCGUGUGACCGUUGGUCCUAAGAAAUGCCUUUCGUGA